AUGAUACCUGCUAGAUGGUACAAAGAUAACAUAAUUAAUUUGGAUUGCAGUUUUGAAAAUUCACCAGUUCUUUCUGCAAUAGAACCUGUAGAUACUUUAACAUCAUCAGUGCUACCAUUUCAAAAUAACUUUACACUUCAAAGUUUGCGUUAUUUUCAAGGAGUAGAACAUAUUCAACCUAAUGAAAUCAUGCGCCAAAAUAAUUCCAAAAGAAAUCGAUUUGGAUUUGCAUUUUCUACAGCAAAAACUGCUAUAAAUCACUUAAUUGGGCAGAUUACUAAUCCUAAUGUUACUAAAAUACGAGGUGCUCCCUCAAAGAAAAGAUUGAAGAGCGCUAUGGAAUUAUCAAAAAAAUGGGUCCCGAUGCAAGAAAACCUGAAUGAUCCAAAUUAUCAAGUGGCAAAGAGUCAACGCAGGUGUCUGUUAUGCGGAAAACCUGGUCAUUACCAGAAAAAGUGUCCAAAUGCUAGGGAUGGGAAAUAUAGAGAAAAAUCAGCUCCAACAUGA